AUGGGCCUCCAGAGCACCAAACACUCCAAAGUCAAGCAAGCUAAUAUACUGAUGUUAGGACUGGAUUAUGCGGGAAAAUCUACACUGUUGUACAAGUUCAAGUACGACGAUGCUUUUCUAACAAUUCCAACAAUUGGCUUUAAUGUUGAUAUGAUUGAAACCGGGAAGGCUUUUACAUUGACGUUUUGGGAUGUUGGAGGACAACAGAAAAUGAGGCAGGUUUGGGGCAAUUUCCUGGAAAACGCAGAUGGACUGCUGUAUGUUGUGGACAGCUCUGAUAAGCGACGUCUGGAAGAAUCAAAGAAAGAAUUUGAAAUCAUUUUAAAGAAUGAAUUUAUCAAAAAUGUACCAGUCAUCGUGCUAGCAAACAAGCAGGAUUUGCCUGGCGCUUUGAACGCUGAGGAAAUAACCAGGAGACUCAACAUGAAGAAAUACUGCAGUGACAGAAAUUGGUAUGUACAACCCUGUUGUGCUAUCACAGGAGAAGGUUUGCCAGAAGCUCUCCAAAGACUAACCACAUUUGCAAAACACCACAGCAGAUCAAAGGAGACUUCUACAAUCUUUAAGGAAAUCGAAACACCUUAG